AUGGCCAGUACCGUAGAACAAAACAAGGCUCAUUUCAAGUUGAAGGAGUUGGGUUGCACCAGCACAAUUCUAUCGCUACUUGCACCCCCUGGUCCGGUAUCCUUGUCGGGCAAAACGCAGCUAGCUGACGGCAACGGCAGCAAUGUUGCAGCACAAUACGACACCAAGUUCGAGAAGAGUCUCCAACAACUCACGGAAGCGAUCCAGUCUAGACUAGACUUUAUCGGCGUGGACUGGGCAGACGACGACGACGACGACGAUUAUGGUCUUGAUGACGACGACGAACACGAUGACAAGGACGGCAGUGAUGAGAAGAGGGCCGAGGAAGAUACUCUGACCCCAAACAGUGCCAGGCAAGUGAGACUGCUAGAUUAUGCUUGCGGAACUGGCAUGAUAUCUCGGGCACUGGGUCCUUAUACAACGCAGUGUAUAGGCAUUGACAUAUCAGAGAAUAUGGUUGGGGCGUACAAUGCCCGAGCUGAAAAUCAGGGACUAACAAAGGAGGACAUGUUUGCUGUCGUUGGCAACUUGGCCGCGCCUGAUGAUCCAGAGCCCGCGGCCCUGUCUGGCCCCGAAUUCUUCAACUUUGACCUGGCGGCAGUAGGCGGGGGAUUCCACCACUUUGAUGAUCCCGGGUUUACGGCGGCGCGCCUAGUUGAGCGCCUCAAGCCCGGUGGCGUGCUCUUCAUCUGGGACUUUCUGACCCACGAGCAGGACCAUGACCACGCGACCCACGGGGUUAUCCAUCACGGCUUCUCCCAGGAGCAGGUCCGUCACAUCUUCGAAGAGGCCGGCGCGGGCGAAAACUUUGCCCUUGACGACCUUGGCAGCGGCGUUGUGUUUCCCCACGGCCACGGUCACGACGGGCAGCCGCUUAAGCGCCGAGCCUUUGUCGCUCGAGGGGAGAAGAAGAAGAAGAAUGAGAAUGCCUAG